ACGGCACGGCGAGCCCUGGAGUCGGUCACAUGGAUGUUGUUAGGUUGCGCGUCUCCUGAGUGGCGGCUGUGGGAAGCAGAUUCUGAACACCCAGCCUAGUAAAAAGAAAACAAAAAAAGUUGACUCGCAGAACCUUUUAACUUCUCCACCUUGGAGGCAAGCGAAAAGCCCAUGGAUCGAACAAGAAAAAGACUUAAAGAGAAAUCUUUACGAGCAUCAAAUAAGCUGAAGAAGUCAAGACCUAGGGAUGGAAGCUGUAGUAGUACAGUAGGUAGUGCAACCUUAGAAGAUCAGUCAACAGAAUUUAGGAAAGAUGAUAAUCCUAACGAAAAGAAGGCCAAGACUAAUCGGAGGGGUAGACCAAAAAAGGUUGGAUUAAAGAAGUCUGUAAAAGAAAAGAAAGAUCGCCGUAAAGAAUCAAAAUUGACCAAACGAGCACGAAAUCGGCCGUCAAAGUUCUAUACUUGUGCGUGUGGUAGAGGCUACACCAGCGUCUCUCAUCUCCAUAGACACCAGAAAACUCAUGUAGGAGGUGACGUAGGUAGUGGUCAGCAUUUUGGAGAACAUGAAAAGCCUUUUCGAUGCCUGUGUGGGAAGAUGUAUUCCAUCAGUUCUAAUCUGAACAGACAUCAGAAGACAUGCCAAGCUGGAUCCACGACACCUUCCGAUGCCAGAAAAAACCUAUAUAAGCCCUAUGCCUGUGCUUGUGGGAAACGAUACACCUGCAAAUCUGAUCUCCACAGACAUCAGAAAUCUCACUUAGAUGGAAAUAAGAAAAGAGCCAAGACUUAUAUGUGCGACUGUGGCAAGAAGUUCAGAGUUAGGGCACGUCUGUUACGGCAUCAGAAGACACACACCCAAGUGAAGGUCCAAAUCCAACUCGAAGUUGACCCUGGAGAAGUUAACGAGGUGGAAGCUCCAGAGAGGGUUAAACCAUACGCUUGUCUGUGUGGAAAAAGCUACACUUGUAGUUCUCAUCUCUACCGGCAUCAAAGGACUCACCAUGACGAGGACUUCUCUGCAAGGUCAAGGUAUUGGGCUACAGAAAUGGAGAAACAUUAUAAAUGUGAUUGUGGUAGAGCCUACACUUCUGCCUCACACCUCUUCCGACACCAGAAAACUCACGAGACGAUGGAGUUUAUUGUAGAUGACCCGGACUGUGAUAGCGACGUCCACAAUGAGGACUUUGGAGAUAAGCCUUACCAGUGCGAAUGCGGCAAAAGUUUCAUAUUAUGGUUUUCUCUUAUGGUGCAUAAAAGGAUUCAUUGUAAAGCGAAUCUUCAGACCUCCUCUGGGCAGGAGGACAGUCCUUGAUUCUCCACUCCUCAUCCACCAGGCGAUUAGAACUGAAGAGCCAAGGUCUAUUCAGAUGACUAGCUGGCCAAUAUUCAUAUGUCUGUCAUUUUUAUAAAAAAAAUAAAAAAAUAUAUCACUUACAUUAAAGAAUUUCUCAAUAUAACCCCGGGCCAAUUCAAAAACAUAACAACAUAAUCCCCCUGGUGGAGCGAAGAAAAAAAUAAAAUAAAAAAAUUCCCCUGCAACCAUACAAUCUACCAUGAAGACCAUAUUUUGGACCAUACUUCCAACUUAUUUUUGGGAGGUGUAUCUGAUCUUUUCAUAUACCUUCACUUUAUGAACCAAGCUGACCCGGUUAUUGAUGCCAGGAGCGGCCCUGGCCAUCCACCCACGUGCUAUGUUCUGAUCUUCUGACAUCUGAUACUUGUGAAGAUUGUAUAUUAACGUCCCGGGCCACAAUAGGGGUCAAAUAUUUGGAUAAGAACUAUACAUCUUUGCAAUGAUAUAAGACAGGACCAUAAUGUUGACUGGGCAGGUUUUAUUCUAAUUGUAUCAGGAAUGGAAGACCUCACCUUUUUUUCCCCUCACCUUCGGGAAAAAGAAAUGCCCCUCUUAGGGCAGUAUGAUUUACCAGAAGGGGGGGGGGGGGCACGUCCACGUCUUAUGAACUAGCUAAAAGAGCGUCUCUGACUCUGGAGGACUCAGCAUGAGAACUGUGUAAUUCUUCAUUUCUCCUGUGGUGGCGCAGCAGCAAACUGAACUCCCCUCAUGCAGAUUACAGCUGGACGUCCCUGCAGCGUUGCACCAUGUGAUCAGCUUAUCGGAGGACGGACUCGUCUAAUAAAAAGGGACUGUUUGUUUAAAGCGGACGGUAACUGCAAUUACAAAGCAGAAUCGGUUUUUCACUUUUUUUUUUUUACUUAUAUUUUUUUUUAUUCAUUUUUAAUCACAUGAAAAACAAAAUGUUAUCGCUUGGGUGACAUUUUACGAGGGCGAGUCAAGAAUUAUUUACACUCUGGCUGUAGAAUUUAUUUUAACCCCUUGGUGACCACUGUACAUGUAAGGUGGAAGAUGGCGCGCGGGCCCCAUAGCCACCGGGUUUUUUCUUUAGGGCGAAUGUAUGUGAUUAGCCAUAAGGCCAAAUGUGACCACGGCAUCUGAGCUGCGCGCACCCGUGCCCCUAACAACGUUCCUCGGCUGAGAUCGGGGAAGCUGGUAUGUACCAGGGAUGGCUUGCAGGCUCUGAUACCGAUCAUAUUCCGAUGCUGGCCUGCAGGUGGCAGCACUGCAUAGGAAUACAGUGAAUGGUGUGUUCUCUGAUUAUGUAUACCCAUCACAGAAUGCAAUUGACAAUCUGAUGAUUGCUGGUUAUAGUCACCUGGGGUGACUUAAAUAAGUAAAAAAAAACAAUGUAUAUGUAUAAAAAAUAUAAAAGUUCAAAUCACCCUCCUUCCCCCAAAAUAAACAAUAUAUAA